CGGGCUUUAACGGUAACAGCGUGACUACUGAAAGCAUUCGAGGCCCAGCAUACAUUAUAGCGCCAGGUUUACCUUACGGGUUUGUAUAAAAUACAAACUGAUGUUUUCUAAGCAGAGAAGGCGGACGGCCAAAACCCUGGCCACAUCCAUGUAUCGGUGAUCGGCUGAGAGGGUCUGCUCAGUCCAGCAAGGCGCUGGAUUCAAACAGGGGAAACAAGAUGAGAGCAGAGGGAGCUGACUGUGCUCCAGCCACAUGGUUAAAGAGCCUGGCACUGCUCUGGUUGGGCUCACUGCUUGGAAAUGGGCAGGAGCUGAAAGAUACGCAAUGUAUAUCUGUGCACCAAAACCUUGAAGUAAAUGAAAUACAGGAUCAUUGUCUCUGUUAUUUUCUGGAAAGAAAUCUAACAUGGUAUCAGCUAUGGGCAGUUGUCCAGCUUCAGAUAAACAGCACAGAGGCACUUACAGUUCUCCAGCGAAAUAACAUCAUGAAUUGCAAGAAUCCUGAAAACGUCCUGUUUUUCUCUGCAUGUUUACUCCAAACUCUCUGGAAACCAACAUACUCCAAAGUGAUUUACAUUAAUGUGAACCGGUUUGCUCAGACUGUGUGCUUUGAUGUGAACAUCAAUAAUAAACCAGUUGUUUACAUCAUAAAAAUAUUAAGGUCAGAAUUUAGUACACAUCUCUUCCUGCUCUUCUUUGGAGGGAUUUUCCUGUUCUUCUUUGCCAAUAACCUGAGUCGGAAUGCAGUGAUCUUUUAUUCUGCAGGGAUAGCACUUGGCAUGGGAGCUUCGCUGGUCUUUCUCUUACUGUUAUUUAAGAGGUUUAUUUCAACGCACAGCACCUUUUGGCUGUUAAUGAGCGUGAGUUGCUUUUUGACAAUCUACUCUGUCCAGUUUUUUAUGGAAAACAUUGCAUGGCUAUGGGCUGAACAGAAGCAUUUUAUCCUGAGUUACUUUGCAGCAGCAGCAUUGUUCAGUGCUGCCGCUUGUUACAAACAUGGUUCUUUGACAAAUCAACGCAGCAUCUGCCUCUUUGCAUGGACACUGAGGCUAACAGCCUGCUUCUUCGUUUAUUAUGGCCUUACUCUCCCUGAUGUUGCUAAUGCUGUCAUUGCUGUUCUUUUUUCAUCUUUUUUCAUGUGCUAUCCCUUUAAAGCACUGUGUUAUAUCUUCAGACUAAUGAAACGUAAGAAACCGGUUGUCAAAUUCCUGACUGAAGAGGAAUAUCGGGAGCAGACCGAUGUAGAGACUUCACUGGCUUUGGAGCAACUACGUGCUUUCUGCAGUAGCCCAGAAGUCAAUUCAUGGCUCACAGUGUCCCGCCUCUCAUCUCCUAAAAGGUUUGCAGACUUUAUUUUGGGAUCUAACCAUGUUACUGCAGAGGAGGCCAGCAUCCAUGAAGCACAGUAUGGUUUUGGAAGCUUCUUCCUGGAAGAGCAACUUUUUGUCCAAGAGCAUGAACCUGGACGCAACCAACAAGUUGACAUAAUGCAAGAAGAUGCUAUCUAUGUUGAUGAUGAUCACGGUGAUGAUCAAGCAAAUCACACUCAACUACACGACACCAUUGCGGAGCUUCUGUAAUUUUAUCCAGCCUGCAGUGUUUUCAAAGCAGAUGCUACAUUUGCAUCAGAUUUGGGGAAUCGUCCACUAAGAUCCACUAGGACCAGAAGAUUUUUUUUUUUCGGUUUUAGAUACAGUAACAGUUAUUUAUCAACUGUAAAUUAUCAGGAAGCUAACCAGGGAGUUCUACAUUUUUUAUCUUGACAUUUAAAUUAGCAUC